GAAGAAGAAACUCCAAGCAACCAACAUUCACACCGUCCCGAAGGAGCUCUCAUGCGACGCACAAACCAAGAUAAACGAAAGAAGGCGAAGAAAAAGAAACAAGUAUCGGAAGACAACACGAACAAGGAAUCCGGCAAGCGGAAGAAGAAAACUAAAAGAAGAAGCAGGAGCAACUGAGGGAUGAGAAAAAACGAGGCAAAGGUCAGACUACGUCCAAGACAAACACCAAGAAGCUCGAGAAGCAAGCCAGUGUUGUCACCCAGCGCAAAGGAACAACAAAAAAGAAUCAGAAGAAAAAGUCUCCCAUGAGAGAACCCCUUUCCAUCGCCGUUCCAUUUGUGCAUAUCAAAUUUGUGUACACGUACACAAGAGUGGGGGCACAAAGGCAAGCAUCGAAAUGAAUGAGAAUCUGGAAGAGGAUAAAACUCCCACCGACCUCGGCUUCUGGCACAAGGAGAAAGUAUGCCGUGGGAGUGGAUAUCUUGCCUGGAAACGCAAAAAGUCUGGUGACCGGAAGAGCAGUCGAAAACAGAACAGCAUGGCGCGUCUCGCAAACUGCCUCCAAAGCCCUAGGAUGAUUGUUUCCAAACAUGCCAACGAGCGAUUCCACCAACGUGGUUGGCGCACACUCCCCGUUUACAGGGACAAGGUCAGCGCCAGGACCGGUGUGUCCCACACAAUUGUUGCGACAUAUGUUCCAGCAAAACGUGAGUUUGCCGAUGAUGCUGUAAAGACCAUUCGUCUCCAAGUCGAUCACAUGAAUCGUUACGCCAAAUGCUCUUCAAGAUGGUACAAUCCAAAGCUUCCUCGAUUUGAUGCACAAAUCUACAGCAUUGCCAAGAAGAUUGGACGAGGGAAUUGGUACACGAGGCGAAGCCGUCGACGCAGUACUGUUGGGCUUUCGAAAGGGGGACAGGCUUGGAUUGCUCUGGUGACGGUGGUACUAUUAAUUAAUAGUCGCGUGGGGGCACAAGACUCUUUGGCCAAGUGGAGGUUCUUUUGCGGACAAAAAUAAGCUUCAGUAUUUUUCUAACCGGUUCCAUGA